AUGGCUUCGUUCAUCACCACCAUGUCUGUCCCCGCUACUCCUGCCCCUGCCUAUAUCUCCACGCCCGAUGCGGUGGCGCGUUCCCCGCCAGCCCGUUCCCCUUCCCUCAGUCUGAGCCCCUCGGGCAUCUACCAGACCACCCGCACUUCCCAUCUUCCUUUACUCGAGCCGCCCUCCUACCUCUCUCCAGCAGUGCGCGCACUCAAACAAGGUGUAUUUGGACUAACCCCUCCCAGCAAUGCGCGGACACGAGCCCCCUUCAAGCCCCGGUCCGCCGCCAAGGGCACAAGCAGUUACCAGCUGAGGCAAUUCGCCGAGGCCACUUUGGGAAGUGGCAGUUUGCGCAAGGCUGUCAAGCUUCCCGAGGGCGAGGACCUGAAUGAAUGGCUCGCUGUGAAUGUCGUCGACUUCUACAAUCAGAUCAACCUGCUCUAUGGUUCUAUAACCGAGUUCUGCUCCCCACAAACCUGCCCUGAAAUGAAGGCGACUGAUGAGUUCGAGUACCUCUGGCAAGAUUCGGAAAACUACAAGAGGCCCACCAAGAUGUCCGCGCCCGAAUAUAUCGAACACCUGAUGAGCUGGGUACAAAGCAAUAUCGACAACGAGCAAAUGUUUCCCAGUCGAAUCGGUCAGUACUCGCAGUUUCCACAUGGAGAUGGAGAGAGGCUAACGCAAUAUUACGAUACAGGUGUUCCCUUCCCCAAGACAUUCUCUAGUCUCCUGCGCCAAAUAUUCAAGCGUCUGUACCGUGUCUACGCCCAUAUCUAUUGCCAUCACUACCCCGUCGUCGUACAUUUGGGGCUCGAGCCCCAUCUGAAUACCAGCUUCAAGCACUACGUCUUGUUCAUCAAUGAGCACACGCUUGCGAGUGGGAAGGAUUAUUGGGGACCACUCGGCGAUUUGGUGGAUAGUAUGCUGAAGAGCGACUAA